CAGAUGUUGAUAGAUAGGAACUUUUCUUUCACGUGCUGAAGCCAAGUUGGCUCUUGAGCGUUGUUUGUCUUGAUUGCAAGUCAAAUAGUACCUGGAUGGGCUGGAGCAGCAGUAGUGGUAGCCCUGAUUCAUCACUGUUACAAGUCUUCGCAGCGAGUACAGAUAAACCUGUUGUUGCUACCGCUAUAGAUCCACAGAGCAGCAAUGCAGGGAGAAUCACUCACCCGGUCACUGAUCAGCUUAAACAUGGUGUUUGACGCUAUCUCGGAAAACGACAUGACCUUGAUGGAUGACCAGCUGAGAUCAAGGGGUUUGAAAUAUUCCUCGGACUUGCUGCAUCUGGGAUAUGCACCCCUGCAGAUGCUGUGAGACACGCAUAUUCUGUUAAGGUACUCGCAUUCCCCGCAGGCCAUUUAAUUUUGAAGGUACGAAUUGCAUCAAGAG